AUGAGGUUCACCAGACUUUACUCAACAUUACCGAGACCAAACCUCGAUGUAAAGUCUAUUCUAGCUAACUAUAGUCGAUACCACGAUUCUAUCAUCAAAAGAGAACUAUCACCUACCAUUUUACACAAUCUUGAAUCUUUGAAAGAGAAUAGAACUGAAGAAUUGAAGGUAAAUAGUGAGUUGAACAAAUUGAAACAUGAAAGAAACACUCUUUCAAAGACCAUGAACAAAGACAACAAAGAGUCUAUUAUACAACUUCUUACAGAAUUUAAAGUGAAGAUCAAAGGGUUGGAAGAUAAGUUAUCAGUAUUAUCAGAAGAGAAUUUUCAAAAAGCUGAAUCACUACCAAAUUUAAUUGAUGAAUCAGUCAAACCUACUGAAGAUGUGGUUGAAUAUUUGAACUAUAAUGGGGAAGAUACUUUGGAAACCACAGAGUACGAUCACAAGGUCAUAGGAGAAAAGAAAGGAAUAAUGGAUUUCAAUUCGGGAGCUAAAGUAUCGGGAAAUUCAUGGUAUUACCUUAUUGGAGACGGUGCUAUGCUAGAGCAAGCUUUGAUCAAUUAUACAUUACAAAUGACAAGGGAGAAAGGAUACAAGAUGGUCAUACCUCCAACUAUCGUAAGGAACGAAAUUAUCAAUGGUUGUGGGUUCAAACCAAAUGAUCAAAAUAAUGAACAACAAAUUUAUGAAAUUUCCAAUAGUGAUUUAUCAUUGAUUGGAACCAGUGAAAUUCCAUUGGCAGGAUUACAUGUAAAUAGCAACAUCAAUUAUAAAUCCUUGCCUGUGAAAUAUGUUGGGUUAUCAAGAGCUUUCCGAGCUGAAGCGGGUGCUAGAGGUAAGGACACCAAAGGAUUAUAUAGAGUUCAUGAAUUCACUAAGGUAGAAUUAUUCCAUUUCACCAAACCAGAAAAUUCAGCUGAAGAAUUAGAAGAAAUUGCUGAGUUACAAAAGAAGAUCAUCAAUAAUCUUGGAUUGAAAGCUAAAGUUAUCAAUAUCCCUUAUAAUGAUUUAGGAUCUCCAGCUUUCAAGAAAUAUGAUAUCGAAGCUUGGAUGCCGGGAAGACAAGCAUGGGGAGAACUUACUAGUACAUCCAACUGUACAGAUUAUCAAUCAAGAAGGUUGACUAUCAAGUAUACCGAUGAAAUGAAGAAACAUCAUUAUUUACAUACAUUGAAUGGGACAGCCAUGGCAAUUCCCAGGGUCAUUGUAGCUAUAAUUGAACAAUUUUAUGAUCCAAUCACUGACAAAAUUUCCAUCCCCAAGGUUUUACAACCUUUCAUGGGAAAAGAGUUUAUUUAA